AUGGUCACCGCCCUCUCCACCCUCGCUGCUUUUGCAUGGCGCUGGCGUUCGCGUCUGAUGCGCUUACCAUUUCUUGCUGCUUUAUCCAACGCUCUGAUGUCGGUCCUCGACGGCAUGUGCUCCCACAAUCGCACCCUAUUGUUAUUGCACGCCAAUUCGCCCCGCCGAACCUUCCUUGCUCAAGCCAGCUCAGAAAUCAUUCCACUAGCCUCUUCCUUCAGCCAAUUGGCUUUUGUCUCCAUUCCAUAUCCCGCCGAGGUAUCGUGGAUCGGCUGCGGCCUACGCUCUCGGGCAUUCGUCCAGCCCAGUCCAAAUGACGCUUCCAUGACCGGCUCCAGCGGAACCGAACCUCAGUGGAUGCAAGACUAUGCACCAGUCUCGGAUUCCAUCUAUUCAAGUACAGUGUCACAACUUCAGGCUUGGACCAACUCCAGUCACCUCUCUCACACUUGCCUAUCAAUUACACUCAUCACUUCAUCGCCAAAAGGGCUACCAUACAAAUUUUCUGUAUUAAUCGACCAUAUCAUCGACAUCAUGGCCACUACACACCCAUACUAUCAAUUGCCCCAAUCUUCAUACCCAAUGCAGAUGCCUCAGAAGCCCGGCUACUAUUAUCCACCGCAACAAAACUAUGGACGCGUGUCAGCAUCACCACCGGAAGGCCCAGAAAGCGUCACAACAUCCGGUGUCGCGUCGUACGAACCGUCAGCAACGUCUAGCAACUAUGCUGGCAGUGCAAGCGAAUAUGAAUCGACUAGCGGAGCCGCCAGCGUGGAUCUCCUCGACUAUAUGGGUAACCGUCUGAAUGGCUCGUUUGACCCACUACCACUAGACCGCAGUCUGGCAAAGCAGGCACAGACAUCCGGUGAGCUGAAUGCCAAACACCGAGAACUCCUCGAACUGCAAGCACUUGCCCAGCGAAGAUUGGCGGGUGCCCGCGCCAAUUUUGCAGAUGGAAUGAGAGCCGCAAAAGAUGUACAAAAGGAUCUGCAGUGGACUCAGAAACGCGUAGAUGCUCUCAACGACCGAGCAGCUCGCAAAUACCCAGAGCAAUAUCAGACCGCUCAGCGUCGGUACCCGGCUCCAGUUGACUACUAG